UUAGGCAAUUCGUUAUUGGAGCGGCCACCAUUGACGUCGGACCGCGAAAACCAGUGAUUGGAGAUUACUCGCUGGCACCGGCAUACGUUAAAUCGACGUCUCCGGAGCCGGAGGGGAAAUUCUAGGGCAUUAGUUGGUUUUCAGUCAUGGAGGCACGUCAUGCAUCUCUAGGUCGACGAACGUUGGAAGAAAUUCGUCAAAAAAGAGCAGCAGAGAGAUUAAGCAAAGCUUCCUCAGGAUCAGAUCUACAGGCUUCGAAUGCGCAGGGCAUGGUUAAAUCAGAGAGCACAAAUCGGCUCUCCGAGAAGGACGUUGGUGCUUUGGUUGCUCAACUUAAAGACUUCGAGAAGAAAAAUAACGAACUCGAGGAAGAAAACAAGACAUUAUUAUCUAAGCUUCAGGCAAAGGAAGUCGAGAAUGAUACACUGCAAAAGCGUUUAAAUGAUUUGGAACAAAAUACUGUUCCAUCACUAAGGAAAGCUCUCAGGGAUGUGGCAAUGGAGAAGGAUGCAGCAGUUGUUACACGGGAGGAUCUAUCAGCACAGCUUCGGACACUCAAGAAACGUUUAAAGGAAGCAGAAGAAGAACAAUAUAGAGCUGAGGAAGAUGCAGCGGCCUUGAGAGCAGAAUUGAACUCAUUACAACAGCAAGCAAUGAUGAAUCCACUUGGAAGCAUUCCCCUUAUGGAUAAUUCAUCAAAUCAUAUGCAAGCCAUGGAAACGGAGUUGACCAAUUUAAAAUCUGAGCUGCAGCGAGAGUCAUUGCUGCGGCAGAAAGAGCAACAAAGAUUUGCUGAGGAACAAGCCCGGGUAUCUGCCCUCGUAUCUGAAAAGCAAGAACUGGAAGCAAAACUUGCAGAUUUAUCCAAGAAGGCCUCAGAAGAAACCAUGGAAGAAGCAUCUCAUAAGACAUUUUCAGUGCAAGACAAGGAGAAACUGGAGCAGCAAUUACAUGAUUUGGCAGUGAUGGUUGAAAGACUGGAAAGCAGUCGGCAGAAACUUCUGAUGGAAAUUGAUUCACAAUCUUCAGAGAUUGAGAGGCUUUUUGAAGAGAAUUCUAGUCUUUCAGCCUCCUAUGAAGAUGCGAUGGGGGUAGUGGUACAGUGGGAGAACCAGGUGAAAGACUGUCUUAAGCAGAAUGAAGAGCUUCGUGGCCUGCUAGAUAAAUUGAGAGCAGAGCAGGCUAAUUUGCUGCCUUUAAAUGAUAAUCUGAGCUUGUUGGAAGGUGGGAAAAAUGGUGCAAAUUUGCAGGGAAUGCAGGCAUAUACAGCUGAAAAUUUCUCUCUUAAGGGGCAACUUGCAAAAGAACAGAGCAAAGCGGAGGCACUCUCUGCAGAGGUCAUGCGGCUUUCUGCUCAACUUCAACAUGCCAUACAAGCAUAUAAUGGUCUUGCUCGCAUUUACAAGCCAGUACUACGGAACAUCGAGAGCAGUCUCAUCAAAAUGAAGCAAGAUGGAUCGGUAAGAGUCCAAUGAAUUGAGAGAUCAAACUGUUGUUUGAGACUGCCUUUUCAGGCCAUUCCUUUUGGAGGAUCUCCUCAUUGAAACUAUGUGGAACCAACAUUUUUGCAUUGGUGGGUUGUGGAUAUUUUUCCAAUAUAUAAAUGCGAUUGUUGUAGAAUGUGUGGCAGUGUGGGUUUUCUUAUUUUUUGUUUUUUUGGCAUAUUUUUUUUCCUCUUGUGGCUUUUCCUUUGUAAACUGACAACCUACAGGAGGAGCUCAGCUUACUUUGUACAAUCACAACAUGAUUAACACAGCUAAUGUGUGAUACCUAGUAGUUGGUGA